UCUCAUCAUCUCAAUACACAAAGUUUUCUCUUCAACGAAGCAAACAUUUUCUCUCACUUUCCUUCCAAAUCCUAAGAAACACCCUCUCUCAACUCUUCACACAACUCAAAAUAUGGCUGCUAACACCACCACCACCAAAACUACUGUCAUCGGUCUGGCCAAGGCAGCAAGCCUUCCCACGAGGGCUUAUGUCACCUUCUUGGCCAGAAAUCGUGAUUAUGUUGAGGGCGUGGUGGGUUUGGCCAAGGGCUUGAGGAAGGUCAAGAGCAGGUACCCACUUGUGGUGGCCAUCUUACCGGACGUUCCUGGGGAUCACCGGAAGAUUCUGGUCGAGCAAGGGUGCAUAGUCAAGGAGAUUGAGCCUGUGCACCUGCUGGAGAACCCGCCGGAGAACCCGCCGGAGAACCAGACGCACUUCGCCACGGCCGACCAUGUCAUCAAUUACUCCAAGCUUCUUAUAUGGAACUUUGUGGAGUACAGCAAGAUGGUAUACUUGAACGGCGAUAUUCAGGUGUUUGAGAACAUCGAUGAUCUGUUUGACAAACCGGACGGCAAGUUCUACGCCGUGACAGACUGUUUCUGUGAGAAGACAUGGAGCGACACUCCUCAGUACAGGAUCGGAUACUGCCAGCAGUGUCCGGACGAGGUCCAGUGGCCGGCGAAGUUGGGUCCCAAGCCUCCUCUCUACUUCAACGCCGGUAUGUUCGUUUUUGAACCUAGCCUCUCCGUCUAUGACGAACUCUUGAGGAAACUCGAGAUCAGCCCUCCAACCCCAUUUGCCGAGCAGGACUUCUUGAAUAUGUUCUUCAGGGAAAUUUACGAGCCACUUCCACCGAUUUACAACCUGGUUUUGGCCAUGCUAUGGUGUCAUCCGGAGAAGAUUGAGCUGGAGAAAGUGAAGGUGGUGCACUACUCCGCCGCCGGGUCCAAGCCGUGGAGGUUCACUGGAAUAGAACAGAACAUGGACAGGGAAGAUAUCAAGAUGUUGGUGAACAAAUGGUGGGAUAUUUACAUUGAUGAGUCACUGGACUAUAAUAAUUAUGUGGCUCCCGGUGAGGAUGAGGUGGUGAGCCGGCAACCGUUCCUGGCGGUGCUGUCGGAGGCCGGCAAUGUAAUUAAACCCCAGCGGACUGUCAUAGAAGAGUCAGAAAGUAGUGCAAGAAAUUAUCACCUAGAGAGAAGGAUGACUCAGUUACCGGAGAGGGUGCAUAAUAUUACCUUCACUCACAAUAAUUUGCAGGAAUGGAGAAAGAUAUAUGACGAAUGGUCUACCGAGCGCCGCUCCGAAUUCAAUCGAAAGUUUGGGCACAUAGGAUUCCUUCUAUCUACUACAAUAGAUGAAGAAAUGCUUAGGGCAGCAAUCUGCUUUUGGGAUCCCAGUUGCCGUGUCUUUGUAUUUGGUGAAGUUGACAUGACUCCUACUCUUGAAGAAUAUGCAGCCCUGCUUAGAAUGCCAAGUGCAACAUCGGAAAAAAUAUAUAAUAAGCAUGAUGCUGGCUAUGGAUUUAAGAGAAAAUUAGCAAAGAUCAUGGGCAUCCAGGUUCAAGAUCUUGAAGGUUUGAUUGAAAACAACGGGGAAAAUGAAGGAAUACCAUGGUAUGGGCUGCAAGACUUCAUUCGUGGAAAUCCUGACAACCCAGUUACUUUGAAUGCCUUUGCUCUAGCAAUCUAUGGAUUGGUAUUGUUCCCAAAGGCUUUGGGAUAUGUUGAUAGAGAAAUUGUCAACCUGUUUGAGCAAUUGUUGGACAACGCUAACCCUAUCCCAGUUAUACUGGCUGAAACUUUCCGGUCGUUGAAUCACUGCAGAAUCAAUGGGCAAGGGAGUUUCACAGGAUGUGCUCAAUUGCUAACGAUAUGGCUGAAAAGCCAUUUCGAGUGCCUCCACAGUGAAUUCAAGGAUCCUAAUGUUGGAGAUAGGUUCCCCAUAGAAGAAUUCAAUAUGAGUACAUGGCCCAGACCAAUCUCGGAACAUGCCUGGAUGGAGAACCUGCGAAGGGUGACUGCAACAAAUGUGAUAUGGAAGGCCCCAUGGAUGGAUCAUCCCCCAUUGCUAUACCGUUGUGGGAACUACCCAUGGGUACCCUUGUUAGGCUUGUGGGGAGCAACUGCCUAUGCACCUGCUUUGGUUAGAAGGCAGAUUGGAUCUUUACAAUUCAUGCCAGUGAUAUCCAAGCUUGACACAUUUGGGUUUGCAUAUGGAAUUCCAGGGACCAGCGACCGCAUCUUUUAUGUAUGUGAGGCCUGGAAAAACAUCCAUCGUGUGGCUGCUGGGGCAUAUACUGAUUUAACUACCCCGGGAUAUCCCGAAUGGCGAGCAAAUCGGUUAAGGGGCUUCGUUAUCCCAGAACCAUUCGAACCUGAAAGAAAUGAUGAAACGGAUGACCUGUACGAGGAAAGGGAGAUGCACUACGAGGCUGCUAUGAAAAAAUUGCAAGAACAAAAUGCUGCUUUAGCGUCAGAAAAGGUUUCGCUGUCAAAUGAACUGGAGGUCCUGAGGGCGCAGCUGACGGAAGCAUACUCCCAGAGAGAUGGAUUAGAAGAGGAACGCAAUCAAUGGGAGAAGGAAGCUAAAUACUGGGAAGGGGAAAGCAACAAGAAAGAUUGUAAGGCAUAUCAGUUUGUCAAUUACCUGAGAGAAGUGGCAGCGGAAGCAAGACACAUGGAGGAAGAGGCGCUAGCCUUGAAGGAAGGAGUUGGACUUGGUUCACUAUCAGGGGGACGUGUGGAAGCUUUCUUGAAGAAAGCAUAUCAGCAAUAUAAAUAUGUUGGGCAGUUUCACUAAGGCCACAAAUGAACUCUUUUGUAAUAAGUGUUAGCCCGUGGU